CGCAAAGGUCGUCGUGCGUCUCUGCGUCGCCGGUAGAGGAGGCAUUGGCGCAACGCACUACUGCUGCUGCCUCGCCGCUGCUGAUACAGACACCAGCUGUCCUGCUGAAACGGGACACGCACGAACCGACACGGUCCGGUAACCGCCUCAUUUGACGAGAGUCCGUCUCCCGCUCCGGGCUGCAAAUUCAGCACAGUCAGCACAUCCACAAUGAUCAAGAACGGGCAUCACCACAACCAUCACCAAGUGAACACAGCAGCCGGGAAAGACGCAGGCACGACCCCGGGCGCUACAGCUUGCAGUCCGGAGAAGAGAAGGCGAAGAAUCCGGGUGUGGUGCGAUGGCUGCUAUGACAUGGUACAUUACGGCCACUCCAACCAGCUGCGGCAGGCCAAGGCCAUGGGAGAUUACCUCAUUGUUGGAGUACACACAGACAGUGAGAUUUCAAAGCACAAGGGUCCCCCAGUCUUCACUCAGGAAGAAAGAUAUAAGAUGGUGCGGGCCAUAAAAUGGGUGGACGAGGUCGUGGAAGGAGCUCCUUAUGUCACCACCCUCGAGACCCUCGACAAGUACAACUGUGACUUCUGUGUGCACGGAGACGAUAUAACAUUAACUGUGGAUGGAAAAGAUACGUAUGAAGAGGUGAAGAAGUCAGGACGGUACAGGGAGUGCAAGCGAACCCAGGGAGUUUCAACAACAGACUUAGUUGGCAGGAUGCUGCUGAUGACCAAAGCCCACCACAGCAACAUUGACACUUCAGACUAUCAGGAGCACACAGAUAACUUUGGAAAAAAGGGCCAUAGUCCCUGGACAGGGGUGUCUCAAUUCCUUCAGACAUCUCAGAAAAUCAUCCAGUUUGCCUCAGGCCAGGAGCCUCAACCUGGAGAAACUAUAAUCUAUGUGGCAGGAGCCUUUGAUCUCUUCCACAUUGGCCAUGUGGACUUUCUGGAAGCCGUGCAUAAGCUUGCAGAAAAGCCUUACAUUAUAGUGGGGCUACACUUUGAUCAGGAGGUGAAUCGCUACAAAGGGAAAAACUACCCCAUCAUGAAUGUCCACGAGAGGACUCUCAGCGUCCUGGCUUGUCGAUAUGUGUCAGAAGUGGUGAUCGGUGCACCGUUUGCUGUCACAAAAGAUUUGCUGGAUCAUUUUAAGGUGGAUCUCGUUUGCCACGGAAAGACAGAAAUAUAUCCCGACAAAGAUGGAUCUGACCCUUAUGCUGAGCCCAGAAGAAAAGGGAUCCUGCGCACUGUUGACAGCGGGAACAGCCUCACUACGGACGCCAUCGUGCAAAGGAUAAUCAAAAACAGGUUGCUGUUUGAGGCGAGGAACCAGAAGAAAGAGGCCAAAGAGAUUGCAGUGAUCGAAGCCAUGAAAAGACUAGAGGAGGAAAAGACUAAAGAAAGAGCACAGGCUGUGCUGUAGGCACCUCCAGCUAACAGUGACAUAUUCAACUAAUAUAAACUCAUGUACAUUAUAAUCAACCCUUUUGUAAGUGCUAUGACACCCUCCACACCUGAUCCUGGCUAAUAUCAGUAGUCUUAACAGCAGCCCCUUCUUUGACGAGGGUGGCGUAACCUGCUGUGGGAUCAUCAGGUAUUAAUAUAGUGUGUUACGAGGGUUUGUUAACAUGUUCUGCAUAUGCAAUUAUAUGUUUGUGUCAGUCAACAAUCGCACAUGCAAAUGAUAAGAUAUAUUCAAAGUUUGGAGGAAGAUGUCACUAUAUAUUCAAAUGUCUAUUUUAUGUCAUUUUUAAUUCUCAAAAUACUUUUUUCCUAUUUAAAAAAAGGCAUUUUAUCUUAUUUCUUGGGCAUAUGCAGUGUGAGAUCUUGCACUGUCUUGCGAUGUGAUUUGAUUUGUCAUUUCAGCGGGACAGAUGCUGCUGUUUAGCCCAGCAGUAGGCUAGCCUCACAACUAAUCGAUUACACUGUGUGUGUCUGUGUGUAUUAUAAAGUGACCGCAGGCUCAUGGAGGACGCUGAAAAACACUAGAGAAUCAGGAGAUAAAUCUCAUUGCUUCUCUUUUCUGUACAUACCAGAUUCUGUUUCAGACAACACUGACUACUCCGGAAUUUAAAGAAACAUUUUUAAUUUAGUUUUUUGUUCCGUUUCUUUUUCUAAACUUAAAAAAUGCACAUAAUUGAGAUCUGAACUGAACACCUGGACUUUUGUGUGCAGUAGCUCUUUUUUUUUUAA